AUGACUUCUCCAAUUCGACCACAAUACCACUGGAUGUCGCCAAGAUCGCUAUCCAUAGUUGAUGCAAAGAAAUCUACACCAGCACUCAACGAGUACGACGGCGCGCGCAAAUUUCUCAAGCAUCAAAUAGUGAAGAGUGUAAAGAAAGAACGAGAGCUCUGGUGGAUAUCGAAAUUUCGGGAGAUGGAGAAAGUUUCCAUUACUGGAAACAGCCGUGUCCCAUACCAACUGAUACGAUCGACUGGCCUAGGAAAGCAACGCCGGUUACCGGUGCCCAGUGCCGCUGUACAGUUUCCCAUGGGAAUGAGUGAUAGUCUCCAAAAUUUGCCAGUUUUCAAACCUGAUAGCUUUUCUCGAUUCGUACCACUAUCCCAAUGUGCACAAAAUCGUGUAACGCUGAAGUUGGACGAGAGUGGGCGUCCUCGUUGGACACCACACCAUGUAGAGAACCUUUCGGAGAGCACUGCACACACUCAAAAGUAUUCACAAAAUCCAGCGGCGUAUGCGUCGAAAAGAGCGGAACGGUCAACAGACUAUCAGUGA